UUAUUACCGAUUUCAAUGGGGACGUUUUCUUGUGGAUAUACGUAAUUUCACACUACUUCUCUUAGAAAGAAAACAAAUGUCGCAUACGGGUAAAAUACAAAGUGGUUUUAUGACGCGAAACCUGAUGUAAGCUUAACCGGACUAGCUUUAUUGGCAAUUUAAUCAACAUUUGCCUAGAGAAUCCCUUUGGAAAAAAAGUGGCUGGAUUCAUCUCCGCCGCCGCCUCUUCCAGCAGGAGUACAUUUGAUUACGGAGACAGUACAACCAUGGAUCCGACUCGGGGAUUUAAAUUUUUGGACACGGUGGCACACUCUGCUGCUCAGUAAGGAUGGAGAGAAAAUAAGAGGGGUUUUUUUCUUCUUACAAACGUAUCAGGUAGCGGUUUCUCAGCAGAAGGAUGCCGCUGGUGAAGCGCACCAUCGAGCCCAGGCACCUGUGCCACACGGUGCUGCCAAGAAACAUCAAGAACGAGCUGGAGUGUGUGACUAACAUCUCCUUGGCCAACGUCAUCCGCCAGCUCAGCAGCCUCAGUAAAUAUGCAGAGGACCUGUUUGGAGAGCUCUUCAAUGAAGCACACUCCUUUUCUUUCCGGGUCAACUCCCUGCAGGAGCGCGUGGACCGCCUCUCCAUCAGUGUCACACAGCUGGACCCCAAAGAGGAGGAACUGUCUCUUCAGGACAUCACCAUGAGGAAGGCCUUCAGGAGUUCUACUGUUCAGGACCAGCAGCUGUUUGAUCGCACAUCUCUGCCUGUCCCACUGCAGGAGACGUACCACACCUGCGAGCAGCCCCCACCGCUCAACAUCCUCACACCCUACAGAGAUGAUGGAAAGGAGGGUCUAAAGUUCUACACCAAUCCAUCCUAUUUCUUUGACCUGUGGAGAGAAAAGAUGCUUCAAGACACAGAGGACAAGAGGAAGGAGAGGCGGAAACAGAAGUUGCAGGACCCCCGCAUGUAUGAUCAGGUCUAUAGGUACUUAGACCUUCCAGGGCAGCUGAAGGCGAUCGACCGUCCACACGAACCGGAGAAGAUACCGCGAGCACCUCACGAUCGUAAGAAGGAGUGGCAGAAACUGGCACUGGGGGCAGAGCUGGCCCAGGACUUACCUGAAGACAAACACAGAGAGGCCAACGGAUCUGCGGGUUAUCACGACAACAGGACUCAUUUGUACAUGGAGCAUUUGGACGGGCCCUUCUCACUGGCGGCGCUGCCCUACACUCAGAUGAAUGAACUGCUUAACCGUACAGGGGACAGAAUGUAUUCCCGACCUCACGACCCUCCACCGCCGCCACCUCCUAUGCACCCACUGGGAGAGAUAAAGCCACCUUCUGUGAUCAGCUCCAGCUCGGGCUUUUCCGACAGCAGACCCCAGUCUCCAGCCCGGACAGCAGGCCACAACUCCAACACUCCUCCUCCUCCGCCUCCCCCUCUGCCCCCUCCUCCUCCACCCUUACCCUCCACAGGCUUGCGCGGCACUCCUCCUCCUAUUCCUCCUCUACCAAUCCAGCAGCAGCCCCCAGCCAUCCCGCCUCCCCCCGCUCCCCUCCAGAUAGCCCCGGGCGUUCUCCAUCCAGCCCCUCCACCCGUGGCACCUCCCCUCCACUCCUCAUCUCCAGCUCGUUUCCAGCAGGUCCUGGACAAAGGUCCAUCCGCGGGCUCUGGUAUUCAGUCAGACAGCACCACCCUGCCUCCUCCACCGCCACCACCUCCCCUGCCCCUCCCAGGAGCGCGGAGCUCAUCACCCUGCCUAUCAGGGCCACCACCUGUGCCCGCCUUCCCUUCAGCAGGAGCCAUGGCCUCCCCUCCCCCCCACGCCGUCCACGACGUGGGGACCAAGAGGCACCAUCCAGCCAAUCUGCCACCCAUCAGCGAUGCACGCAGCGUCCUGUUGGAGGCUAUCAGAAAAGGCAUACAGCUUCGAAAAGUGGAGGAGCAGCGAGAACAAGAGGCUAAGCACGAGCGAGUGGGUAAUGAUGUGGCCACCAUCCUGUCACGCCGCAUCGCCGUGGAAUACUCCGACUCAGAGGACGAGUCCGAGUUUGACGAAGGCGACUGGAUGGAAUGA